AUGGCUGACAAGGAGGGGGUGACGCUGUCGCUGGAGGAGGAGGAGGAUGCCGACGUGGCCCUGGCGUACAAGACGCCGGAGAAGAAGAGCCUGCGGGAGAUCCAGGAGCUGGACCCCGGGGACGAGAGCCUGCGGAAGUACAAGCAGGCGCUGCUGGGUGCCAUCCCUGCCAUCGUGGAUGCCAGCGUGCCCAACGUGCAGGUGACGAGGCUCACCCUGAUGUGCGAGCAGGCGCCGGGGCCCAUCACCAUGGACCUGACAGGAGACCUGGAGGUGCUGCGGGGCCGGGCCUUUGUGCUGAAGGAGGGGGUGGACUACAGGGUCAAGGUGUCCUUCAAGGUGAACAGGGAGAUCGUCUGUGGGCUGCGGUGCCUGCACCUCACCUACCGCCGGGGCCGGCCCGUGGACCGCGACGUCUUCAUGGUGGGCAGCUAUGCGCCGCGGGCCGAGGAGUACGAGGUGGUGACGCCGGCGGAGGAGGCUCCGCGGGGCUGGCUGGCACGGGGCUCCUACCGCGUCCGCUCCCUCGUCACCGACGAUGACAAGAUGGAGCAUCUCUCCUGGGAGUGGGGCCUCUGCAUAAAGAAGGCCUGGGAGGACUGACCCCCCCAUCCUCACCCCGGCCCCCCCCCCACCUGCCAGCUUGGGGACGUGGUGCCUGCCAUCCCGGGGGACCCCUUGCCGGCACCACCGCGCUUGCCCUGGUCGUGUGAAGGG